CAAAGUUCUGGAAGAAAGGAUUUGGACCCAUCUUUUUCUAUACCGGCAAUGAAGGUGACAUCUGGACUUUUGCUCAGAACUCUGACUUCAUAUUUGAAUUAGCAGAGGAACAGCAAGCACUUGUGAUUUUUGCUGAGCAUAGGUACUACGGCAAGUCUCUUCCAUUUGGACUGGAGUCAAGGCAGCCUAAGCAGACGGGUCUGCUCACCGUGGAACAAGCCCUUGCUGACUAUGCGGUGCUGAUAGCUGAGCUUAAGCAGCAGUUGGGCGCCGCAGACUGCCCUGUCAUUGCUUUUGGAGGCAGCUAUGGAGGAAUGCUGAGCGCUUACAUGAGGAUGAAAUACCCCAACCUUGUGGCUGGGGGGGUUUUAGCUGCCAGUGCUCCUCUGCUCUCUGUGGCUGGCCUUGGAGACCCCACGCAGUUCUUCAGAGAUGUCACAGCAGAUUUUCAGAAGGCCAGCCCAGGGUGCGUCACAGCUGUCCGCAAAGCCUUCCAGCAGAUUAAGGAUUUGUGCCUUAGUGGAGCCUACGAUGAAAUCAGCAGCAAAAUGGCCACCUGCAACAAGAUCUCUAACAAGGAGGAUGUUUACCAGCUUUUUGGCUUUGCUCGAAAUGCCUUCACCAUGAUGGCCAUGAUGGACUACCCUUACAAAACCGACUUCAUGGGUCACCUCCCUGCCAAUCCAGUGAAGGUUGGCUGUGAACAAAUCCUUGCGCACACAGACCCCGUCCAAGGCCUGGCUGCUCUCGUUGCAAUCGGCAUGGGCAAGGGGGCUGUGAACUCCCACUUGUUGUCGGCGGGCUGGUACAGCUCCACGGUGCGGCUGAGGGUCCCCAGCAGCGUCCCACCGCCCACGGCGAAGAUGCAGUCGGACAGCACAUCCGCGUGGAAGCGCGUCCGCCUCUCCAGCAUGCUGGCCACCUGGAGCCAGGAGCUGUCGCGGGGAUCGAAUCGGAAAACCUGGGAUCAGAGCGGAUGGGGGGUGGUUAGCGGAAGCCGCGUGCGGUCGUGCUGCAGCCAGCUCACGGCAGCUCUGAACAGCUCCAGCUCGCUGCAUCCCUCGGCGUCGUGUCACGUCGCACAGCGUGCUCUGCGAGCGAAGGCUGCUGAGCCCUUCCAGGAGUCUCGCCAGGCCUGGGACUACCAGGUUUGCACCGAGAUCAACUUAACUUUCAACAGCAACAACGUGACCGACAUGUUCCCCGAGAUGCCCUUCACGGAGGCCAUGCGGGAGCGGUACUGUUGGAGCAAGUGGCACGUGCGGCCGCGCGCACAGUGGCUGCGCACAAACUUUUUGGGAGGAGACCUGAGAAGUGCAAGCAACAUCAUCUUUUCAAAUGGAGACUUGGACCCGUGGGCUGGAGGUGGGAUCAACAGCAGCCUCAGUCCUUCACUAAUUGCCCUGACUAUUCAAGGAGGCGCCCAUCACCUUGAUCUCCGGGGAAGCAAUCCAGCUGACCCCCCGUCCGUCACGGCAAUGCGCAAGCUCGAAGCGAGCAUCAUCGACGAGUGGGUGAAAUCUGUGAGGGGGGAAAGAGCGCGGGAGCAGCGCCCGGGAGGCCCAGUGGGCCGAUGGCUGUGA